AAGAUCUCCAUUACAGCAACAAGCACCCCCACGGGAGGAGGCUACCGAAUCUUCUCGCCCUACACCGACGACGACACGGCAUUUGCAAACAACACGCUCUGUCCGCGAUAUGCCGAGUGCGAUCCGACGUCCGCCCCACCGUCUCCAGCCUCGAUUGAAUCGCUCGAAAUCUUCGACAGCAUUCCUUGGCGAAGAGACUACAUUGCACUGGACCCGCGUACCAGGGCCAGACACAGCCGACUACGCGCAGGAUGGAUGCAGAAUAAAGUCCGCGCCACAAUUGUACUUGUGCUUUUGCUGCUCGCCGUCUUGGCUGCCGGUACCGCGCUAGUCCUAUAUCUAUCUGUUGUGCAUGGAAAAAGCAAGUGA